AAGAUGUAUAGGAGCCCCCGUUCGGCACCGCGCAAACUGCAAGCCACCAGACACCAGUCCACUUGUAACAACGCCGUUCCGAGCCCGUGACCCGGUCUGAGAGUAGUAGAGCAGCAGGCAGCGAAAUGGUGGCGUCGAUGGCCUCCCGCCGCGCGGCCGCGCCCGUGCUCUUCUUCUUCCUGCUGCUCCUCGUCGCCUCAGAGAUGGGGCCGGCGCGGGUGGCGGAGGCGCGGCACUGCGUGUCGCAGAGCCACAAGUUCGUGGGCGCCUGCAUGAGGAAGAGCAACUGCCAGCACGUGUGCCAGACGGAGGGCUUCCCCUCCGGCGAGUGCAGGCACCACGGCGGCAUCCUGCGCAAGUGCUUCUGCACCAAGUCCUGCUAGCCGGCGAGGCGAGGCGAGCAGGGUCCGAUCCAGUA